AAUUUACACGUUUUUCAGCACUGGAAUCGAAAGACAAACGUUUACCCACACUGCCGCAAUCGCGAACAAUUUUUUUAUUAUGGCACUUGCGCGGCUCACAAACAAAAUUCGCUGAUAAAAAUCCAUUGGAAGCCAAUUGCCGAACGUCGAGGACUCAAUCAAUUAAAGUGUCCGCUUAAAAAGAUCGCCGCGCAGGAAGCGGAAGUGCCCCAAAACAGCUAUUUUUCCCGCCGCUUUCUCCCCCAUCACCACCCGCAAAACAAGGGACGCCGAUCGAAACAUUUAGUUUGUGCAAGUAGCUGAAACCCACACGGUCGACCAUCAAAUAUUAUGAAAUGGGUAUAAUUGUUUGAAUUGUACAUAUUCCGAAACCCCUGCAUUUGAUCAGGAGCAUUGAUCCCCCGAAUCAGAGCUUAAGACUAUUCUAUUCACCCAAGUGGAACUUGUUGCUUGAGGCUUGGUUGUAGGUCAGUGCGAAGAGGUGGCUGAUCCGGCGGCGAAAGGUGCGCACCAGGCGACGUCCGGCGACGAUACAAUGCCCUCGGCCAUGAGUGGCGCGGCACAUGCCCACAUACCCAGCAACGAGGAGUGCGGCAUCCGCGACGUGUGGAAGCAUAACCUGGAGGAGGAGUUCCGCACCAUACGGAAAGUGGUGCAGAAGUACCACUAUGUGGCCAUGGACACCGAGUUUCCGGGCGUGGUAGCACGUCCCGUCGGCGAGUUCCGCUCCACGGCGGACUAUCAUUACCAGCUGUUGCGCUGCAAUGUCGAUCUGCUGCGGAUCAUUCAGUUGGGCCUGACCUUCAUGGACGACGAUGGAAAGACACCACCCGGCUACUCCACCUGGCAGUUCAACUUCAAGUUUAACCUGAGCGAGGACAUGUAUGCGCAGGACUCAAUCGAUCUGCUGCAGAACUCCGGAAUUCAGUUCAAGAAGCACGAGGAGGAUGGCAUCGAUCCCAUCGACUUCGCCGAGCUGCUCAUGAGCUCCGGCAUCGUGCUGGUGGACAACAUCAAGUGGCUGUGCUUCCACUCCGGCUACGAUUUUGGCUACCUUCUAAAGCUGCUCACCGAUCAGAACCUGCCUUCGGACGAGGGUGAAUUUUUCGAGCUGCUGCACAUCUACUUUCCCAACAUCUUCGACAUCAAGUAUCUGAUGAAGUCGUGCAAGAACCUGAAGGGCGGUCUGCAGGAGGUGGCCGAUCAGCUGGAACUGCGGCGCGUGGGCCCCCAGCAUCAGGCCGGCUCGGAUGCGUUGCUGACGGGCAUGGCCUUCUUCAAAAUGCGUGAGAUGUUCUUUGAGGACAACAUCGACCACGCCAAGUACUCCGGACACCUGUACGGCCUGGGCACCUCCUUCAUCGUCAACGGCACCAACUUCCACGAGAGCAACGGCGAGACGAACAGCGCCUCAUGAUUCGUACUGAUGGGGAACGUGGUCGUGCACGAUAGGAAGUUCGAGCAGGAGGAUACACCGGGUCCGUCGGCAUCUGUGCAGGCCACACCACCUGGCCAACUACUCCUAGCCGCAACAACAUCUUUGCAGUAAUCUGUCAACAAUCACAGAGCGCUCCCAUUUAUGAACAAUUAAUCCGUUGGCCAUAAAGCCAUACUUUCUUGAUGUUCCCACGCAAGUUCAGAUGAAAACCCAACCAUUCAAAACAAAAACAUGGCAUAAACUAAUUGUAAAUCGCAAAGAUAUGAGAAACCUGCAAAAAACUAAAAUAGAUUCAAUUUCAAAUUCUGCAUGUCUUAAAUGUGUUACGAAUACAAAACUAAGGUAUGUAACUAAGCUAAUACUGUAAGCCAAUGGGCGAAACAUAGAAUAUUGUGUAUUUGUAAAAACAACAACAAAACAAUAUAUUUAAAACUUUUUAAUUUAGUGUA